UUCCACUUCAGUCCUGCAUUAGAUCUGGAAUCAGCUAGAUUUGAAAAGUGAUUUCUGUCAAACCACUCCGUCUUGGACACCUGCACCAUCCUGUGGAGGGGCGGAGCCAACCCAGCUGUCAGACCAGAAACUUGAUACACCUGUCCAGGUCACCUGUCCAUCACAGAAGAGACAGUCUAAGGGUUGUGGUGAUCCUGAAUGUGCAGUUGGAGGAAAAGUGUGACGACAGAUUCAUAACGAUGGCCACUUCAGCUCCCACAUCUGACUCCACAAUAAAAGCAGCUCAUCUGUACAUCAACGGGCUGAAAAGCAAGAUAGGUCAACUUAGAAAGGUUGUAAGAAAACAUAAGAUCCAGGUGCUGGCGAUAUCUGGAACACGUCUGGACAAAAAUGUCAAAGAUGAGGAAGUGAAGCUUAAGGGUUUCAAGUUGUUUAGGAAGGACAGAGAUCGUAAUGGAGGAGGUGUAGCUCUGUACAUCCAAGACCAUAAUAAGAUAAUGAAUACCCCUGAAAAAGCCCCUGAUUGUGAGAUGAUUUGGGUUACGGUUUCUCCAAAUCCCUGCGCAACCCUGUUAGUGGGCUGUUGUUACAACCCAGACUUAAAUGAAGAGUCUGUGAAUAAAAUCCUUAAACAAUUCCAAAACCUGGAAAAAAAAGGAAAAGAUGUUCUGUUGAUGGGAAACUUCACCAUCGAUUGGCUGUCUGAGUCCAAGCUGAAGACGAAGAUCGAACAGGAAACUACUGAAUGUGGUUUGAAUCAACUGGUUGAAGAUCCCACCAGGGUGACGGAACAUGAAGCAACAUGCAUUGAUCACAUCUACACCAACAUCCCUGAUCAGUGCUCUGACGUGACCUUCACGGAGGCGGCUUUCAGCGACCAUCUUCUACUGACCGUGAACGUAACGACAUCCAUCCGCAUAAAAGCAGCUCAUCUGAACAUCAACGAUCUGAAAAGCAACAUCGCUGAAAUUAGAGAUGUUGUAAAAAAACAUCCGUUCCAGGUGCUGGCGAUAUCUCAAACAUAUCUGGAUAAUAAAGUCAAAGAUAAGGAAGUGAAGCUGGAGGGUUUCAAGUUGUUUAGGAGGGACAGAGAUAGUACUGGAGGAGGUGUAGCUCUGUACAUCCAAGGAAACAUUCGAACAAGGAAACACCCUAAAGAAGAACCUGAUUGUGAGAUGAUUUGGGUUACAGUUUCUCCACAUGACAGCAGACCCCUCUUAGUGGGCUGUUGUUACAACCAAGAUAAAAAAAAAAAUUCUCUGGAAAGAAUCCUUGAGCGAAUCAGAAAGCUAAAAAUAACAACAAAUUACAAAGAGGUUCUGUUGAUGGGGAACUUCAACAUCGACUGGCUGUUUGAAUCUGACCUGAAGAAGAAGAUUGAAGAAGUAACUACUGAAUGUGGUCUGAGUCAACUGGUUACCCAGCCCACCAGGAGGACCGGAGAUGAAGCAACAUGCAUUGAUCACAUCUACAGCGACAUCCCAGAUCGGUGCUCUGCAGUUUCCCACACGGAGGUGGAAUUCAGCGACCAUCUUCUACUGACUGUGACCGUGACGACAAUCUGCAGCUGAUCAGGCAGAGUAGCAAGGAAUUAGUGUCAAUGCAGAACAGCAGUGAUCAACAGAAACCUGAGUCAGGUUUCUUUCAGACGCUCCCUUCCUCCUCCAUAAAAGAAUUCAAAUUAUUAGUAAAGAAACAUCUCUUAAAUAAAUACAUAUAAAACUUAAUUAUUACUAAAUGGCGAUUGGUUUACUAAAAAUGGUCAUGGGUUCAAGUUAAGAUAAGUGAUUAUAACUUAAACGCAUUGUCGAUGACUAUACAUUGUUUGAAUUGGUUGAUGCUAUUUAAAGAAGGUAUGAUUUUGUAUUGUAAUGCAUUACAUCCAAAUGUUUCGGAAGGACUGUAACCUUAAUGUGAGUGUCAAAAGGAGCACUGGUCUUGUUUGACAGAAAUCUAGAAUAUAUUUUGUAGUAGAAUUUCCUUUUUUUUUUAACUUUUUUCUUUUCUACGUUUCUUUUAUUUUUCUUUACUACCUCUUUAGGUUUGCUUUUCAUUUUUUUCAUGUAUUGUAUAUUAUGUGUCGGACCCCAGAAAGAAUAGCUGCAGUUUUGCUGUAGCUUAUGGGGAUCCAAAUAAAACUAUAAACUAUAAUCCUAAACCAGUAACUACCAAGGGGGAUG